AUGUUUGGACUUCUUGUGUUUGCUUUAGGUUGUAAAAAGACAGGCGUUUAUGGAAGUAGUUGUAACAUAACAUGUCCUCGCAAUUGUAAAGAUCAGAUAUGUAACAUCGCACAUGGAGCGUGUUUUGAAUGUUUACCUGGAUGGAUGGGAACACUUUGUGAAAAUAGAUGUUCUUUGGGGUCGUACGGUGACAGAUGUAAAUCCAAGUGUGAUGGACAUUGCCUCGAAAAUUCUCCGUGUAAUCACAUUAGCGGUCGUUGUGACAGAGGUUGUGCUGCUGGUUGGAUGGGAAAGCAAUGCAAUUUACAGUGCAGAAAUGGAACAUAUGGCCCAGGCUGUGUCCACAACUGUAGUGGACACUGUCUAGAUGACGUCAUCUGCAACAGAGAGAAUGGACAUUGUGACAAGGGAUGUAGUCCCGGGUACACAGAAGAUCAUUGUGAUCAACCCUGUCGUCCAGGGUUCUUUGGUAAUCAUUGCAAUGAGCGUUGUAAUAGUCAAUGUUUAGCUAUCAAACAUUGUCGUAACACGGACGGAACAUGUAUCGACGGAUGUAGAGAUGGAUAUAUUGGGGAAAGGUGUGACAAAUGUAAGAAAUUUACAUAUUUAUAUUUCAUGAAAUUUGUGCCCAGUGAUUUGCAUUUUAAGGCUAUAUACUGUGUUGUAUACAUAUAA